AUGCUGACCGUAGUGAAAGAGGAAGUUCAGACCACAAAACGAAGAAGAAUCAAACAAGCUUGCGAAUAUUGCAGAUCAAAGAAAGCAAAAUGUGAUGGGUUAACGCCUACUUGUUCAAGUUGUUUAACUAACAAUGAGAAAUGUGUUUACACUCAAUCCUCUAAAAGAAGAGGUUUACCCACAGGAUAUACUCAUGAUUUGGAGAAAAAAGUGUUAUUAUUACAAGGAAUCAUUUUAUCCUUAAUACCGAAAAGAGAAUUUUAUGAAAAUGAUAUAUGGGAGAUUCUUAAAAAUCCAACAGAUUUACUAAAUAAUUUAAAUGAUAUAAACAGUUUAUGGAAAAAUCAUGAAAUUUUCAAAUACAUUGAUAAUAUUCAAGAAGAAUUGAGCCCUGUACUUGAACGAAUAAAGAACAGUGGUAAGACUACCUCAAGUAAAUUGAAUGGUAAAAGUACAUCUCCUGAAAUGAAGAAAGAGACAAUGGAAGUCUUGAGCGCAACUCCUCCAACACCUCGUAUUCAACGACAAACCGAAACACCUCAUUCAUUGGCCGAAGUUUCACAAGUACCUGCUCCGCAAUCACAAUCCCAACAACCAAUACAACAGCGGCAAGCAUCCCAGUCACAAAUGUCAUUGCAACAACAACAGCAAGCACCACCACCACCACCACAAUUUAAUGGCCUAGUCACAACUUCCAAUAGUUUUCAAAAUAUACCUGCCCAAUUUAAUAGUAUGCUACCGACUCCAAAUGGAUUGUUACCACCAGAAGCAGUUAAUUUUGUCAAUGAUCCUUCAUUUUUCUUAAACUAUGAUAUUUUUCAAUUUAUAUCUGAUGAAGUUGAAGGAUCAGGUAGUUCAGAAAACGAUUGGGAACCUGUUGCAUUACAAUAUCAUGGAUUAUCAUCGAUAAUUUCUGGUUUUACGAAUAAAGCAAUACAACAAAGUUAUAAUAAGAAAUCAAUAGCUCAUAAAAAUCCCUUUAGAGUUGGAUCAAUUUUUAAUGUUUCUUCAUUUGCUAUUGAUGCAAGUUUUCAAGAUAAAAUAUCAUUACCUUCUGAAAUGUUUCAAUUUCCAAAAAAUGUUCGUAAAUUAGUUGAUAAUUAUUUUCAAAUUUUUCAUAUCAUGAUCCCUAUGUUGGAUAAAAUUACUGUCAAGAAACAAUUAAAUUAUUUACAAUCAAUUAAUGGUGAUGAGCGACAAGGUAUAGAUUGUAAUGUAAUUGCUUUAAUUUGGGCAAUGAUUGCAUUAGGUGAAUCAAGUACUAAUACAACUGGUAAUUUAUUGGAAAGUUUAAGAUAUGCUAAAAAUUCAAUAAUGUCAUUAGAAUAUUCUUUAACUUCAACAAUUGAAACAAUGCAAGCUAUGUUGUUAUUAGGUAUAUUUUAUUAUAAUGUUGGACAAUGGGAUUUUUCAUGGGUAUUAAUUAGUUCAAGUACAAGGAUGGCAAUUGAUGUUAGAUUAAUGAGAUCAGCUACAGAUGAAGAAAAUGAAAAAUAUAAAUCAAGUAGUACAUUAAAUAAUAUCAGUAGACAACGGACAUGGGCAGCAGUAUAUGCUAUAAAUACUUUAUUGGCUGCAAGAAUGGGUAGAUCUCCUGUAGUAAGAGCAGCAGAUUGGCCAAUACCACAAGUUAACAAUGACGGAUGGGAAGAAUGGGAACCAUGGGAAUGUUAUCAUGCUUCAGAAACUAUUAAAUUGAAUCAUGGAAGAUUUUUAACAAAAUUUAAUGAGUUUAUUAGAGGUACAACAAUCUUGAAUUUAGCUAUUACUUCAACAAUUGAUACAUCAAAAGGGAUUAUGGAUGAAUUGAAUGAUCAAGAUAAAGCUGAUUUAAAAAUAGAUUAUGAUGAUAGACAAAAUUCAAGAAGUAUGACAAUGAGUAAUUUUGAAUCAAAAAUUAAUGAAUGGAUGAGAAGUUUACCUGAAUAUUGUAGAUUAAAAGAAAAUAAUAAUGAUCCACCAAUAGUUGCUAUACAUGCAUUGAGGCAAUUAGUUUGGUGUGUUUUGGUUGUUAGAUUGAGUUCAUUGAAGGGAACAACUGAAAUUCAAAGAAAAAUGAUUAAAUCUAGAAAUAUUCAAUAUACAAAAGCUAUCUUGGCAAUCAAAAAAUUAUUUAGUUCAGAUGUUGUACAAAUGGUAAGAUAUUAUCCAUUUGUUGAUUAUUUAUUAGCUAUUGCAAUGAAUUUUCCUCAAAUGAUGGAUUUCCAAACUGAACAAGAGAAGAUUCUACAUUGCAGAGAUAUCAAUAAGUUAUUGAUUAGUGCACAAUUUAUACCUUCAAUGAGAGUUUCGUUAGAGAUUUCAAGACAUAUGCAUUCCGAACAACAACAACAACUACAAGAAACUCCAAAAGCUCAAGAAAGUCCUACUAUUGCUAAUUUGUUGAACUCACCUGAACAUAGACCAUCUGCUAUACCUGUAACUGGAACUACACCAAAGUCUGCUAUUCCUGUUGUACCUAUAGUUUCACAAUCACCUACUCCACAAAUUUUGAAAAAUACAUACAAGAAUGACACUUUAUACGCUCAAUCGAGAGUAUUGUUAGAUGGAGUAAACGCAUUGAGUCCACCAAUUGAUCAUGACAUGCAAUUGAAGCAACAACAAAGAAUGCCUACUGUUCCAGAGUAUGAACAAGUUCAUCCAUCAAGACAAUUUUCACAACCUCAUAUACAACCUCAUCAAACACCACCUACUCAACCUCCAACAAAUUAUCAACAACAACAACAACAACAACAAGCUUUUGCUAAUCAACAAAAACUUCUGGCUUUUGAAUAUAAGACUUAUCUACCUUCACCUAUACCUAAUCCACAACAACAGAGUCCUCAUUCUCAUCUACAAAAUCCCCAUCAGCAACAUCAUCAUCAACAAAGUAAUAUUUACUCACAACCAACCUCACAAAAUUUUCAAGCGCCACCGUCUCAACCAGGAGUAAACAAAUGA